UUAUUUUGGAAACUGAGCCAUUUCUUACACUGAACCUUGAUGCUGGAUUUCAUCUGCUGCUUUUAAAGUAUCCUUAACUAUCUACUGAUAACUUUGUAAUUAGCAGAGAGUCUUUUACUCAGACAUGGAGGACCCCGAUAUACGACAACAGAAGCUGGAUAACCAGCGAACCCUUGUGAUGAAAAAGCAGCAGAAGAAGAGGGCCGAUUCCCAAAUGGUGGUAGCCAAUCGGGAUACUCGCCAAAAGAACAGGAAGCACAAAGCUGCACGCUCUGAUGAAACGCCUCUGUUGAUCAGCCAAUCCCUGAGCAACACUUCCCUGAGUGAUCAAGUUGAACAUGCCCAUGACAACCCGCUGGAUGAGAUCACACUGGGUGAAUACGACAUGACGGCGAGCAUGACGUUAGAUGAGGUGUCUUCAGAGAAGCCUGUUACUCCCAAGAGGAUGAACCUGGAGAUCGACAAAGAGCCCGAGUCCAAAGGCGAAGCUGAGGAGGACCCUCAGGUGGAAGAAAAAAAGACGAAGAAGAAAGACGCAAAAAAAGAAAAAGCCAAACAGAUGGAACAGAAUGACGAGACGGAGAAGGAAAGAGAGAAGGAGAAGAAGGAGAAAAAAACGAAGAAGAAAGACAAAAUGAAAGAAUCUGACGAGCCACCGAAGACAAACAAGACAACCAAACAAGAGCGGAAAAAGAAGCACUUACCAGAGGUCUCGACCCAGGAGACAGAGCCAGCAGUGGAGGAGGCAACUCCGAAGAAGAACAAAUGCGACGAUGAGGAGGAAGACGGGCCCGAGAGGCCCGUGCCUCAGUCACCUAAGAGGAAAAAACAGCUGGACACAUCCAGGUGCCAAAUCAGUGACGACAGCAAGGACGAGGAAAUCCAGGAAAAGGAGAAGAGGGAGAAAAGGUCAAACAAAGCGGAGAAAACCACCCCGAGCCUGGCUUCCCUCAACUCCAACUACAGGGAGGGCUCAUCCUCAGGCAGUGAAUCUAAUGAAAGAGCGACGUCUCCGAUGUCGGUGGAGGAUCUGGAGAAGUUCGCUCUGCGUCCGGCCCCCAGAGACGUGACGGUCCAGUGUAGGGUCACCAGGGACAGGAGGGGCGUGGAGAAGGGCAUUUACCCGACUUACUACCUCCACAUGGAGAAGGAGGAUGGCAAGAGGGUGUUCCUAAUGGCGGGCAGGAAGCGGAAGAAGUGCAAAACGUCCAACUAUCUCAUCUCCACUGACCCGACUAAUCUGUCCAGAGACACAAACUGCUACAUAGGAAAACUAAGGUCCAAUGUUCUGGGCACAAAGUUCACAGUCUAUGAUGGAGGUGAAAACCCAGAGAAAAAGCCUUUCAUCAAGGAGUGUGAGUCAGUGCGGCAAGAGCUGGCAGCAAUUUGCUACGAGACGAAUGUGCUGGGAUUUAAGGGUCCCAGGAAAAUGACGGUGAUCAUCCCCGGCAUGUUGGAGAACGAUGAAAGGGUGUCCAUUUGUCCGAAAAAUGAGCUCGAGACUCUACUGGCCCGCCACGCCAACAGCAACACAGACAAGCUGGUCACGCUGGUGAACAAAUCCCCGAGCUGGAACGAGCAGACCCAGUCGUACGUGCUUAACUUCCACGGCCGAGUCACCCAGGCCUCCGUCAAGAACUUCCAGAUCAUCCACCCUGACAACGAGGAUUACAUAGUGAUGCAGUUUGGCCGUGUGGCAGAGGACGUCUUUUCCAUGGAUUACAGCUUCCCCAUGUGUGCCCUGCAAGCCUUUGCUAUCACCCUGUCGUCCUUUGACGGCAAGCUGGCCUGUGAGUGACCCACGCUGGUGUGCCUCAGGUUCUUAACUAGAUCCCUGAUCUAGACACUUACAGUUUAAAUUAAAACAAUAACCAUAAUUUGCCACAGGGUCGUUCUGUUUUAUAACCUGGUGCAUUCUAAGGCGUUGUAUACACCAAAUAUGGGGUGAAAAAAUGCCACAGACUUAGACUUGUUUUAUUGGUCCAGUAUUAUUCUACCACUUAUUUUAUAUCGAAAUGGAACCACUGUUAGUACAAGUUAACUGAAUGCUCUCUCUUUUUAUAUUCGCCAGACGUGUAAAGGACUCGUGCAAUUGAAAUAUUGAAGGCAACUGUGUAAACAC